AAAAAAAACACCUAUCCGUCCAAAGCUUAGUCAAUGCAUUCAUCUUUCUCUCUUCAAAGUUCAAAAAACAGAAACUGAGCAAGCUGGCUGGCUAGCCUUUGGUCAACCAAUCAAUGAAAAAGGACAACUUUCAGAGAACUUUCUUUAUUAUACUUCCAUCUCCAUCUUCGAUGUCCGUGAGAGAGACAGAAAGAAGCAAAAGAAAAUUAACAUAUUUGAAGUUGCAAAAAUUCAAGCUUCACGAACGUGUACUGUAGCCUAGCCAUGCUUCUCUGUGUUCUUACCUACCUUUGAGGAUUCAAUUCAAUUACACACCUUCAAUUUUUCAACCAUUUUGCUCUUUGUUGAGUAGUUUUUUUUCCCCUUCUGAGGCGUAUUUGUGUGGCUUAGCUGAUUCUGGUUCAUUUUGCAUGUGCUAUUUGCCUUCAAAGUUGUUAAUCAGAGACUGUGCAUAAGAAUCAUAGCUGAUUGUUUAUGCAAUGAAGUGCUUUUACUAUUUCAGAGACAAAUCUAGGAGCAGUAAGCAAAGGUCAGCACCUGAACUUAAAGACCAAGAAAAACUCGAGUUAUCAGGACCUGAAAGGGUCACCAAGUCUUCAUGCUCAUCUGCAUCGCCUCGCGGUAUACUGGAACUGUAUGAGGAGAAGGGUCACAAUUUGAGGAACUUCUCCUUCACAGAGCUCAAGCGUGCAACGAGUGAUUUCAGCAGCCUUCUUAAGAUAGGAGAAGGUGGAUUUGGAAGUGUGUUUAAAGGUUCAAUCAAGCCUGUUGACGGGAAUGGGAAUUCUGUUUUAGUUGCCAUCAAAAGGCUUAACAAAAAUGCAUUACAGGGCCAUAAGCAAUGGUUGACUGAAGUUCAGUUUCUUGGUAUUGUGGAACACCCAAAUCUUGUCAAGCUUAUUGGAUACUGUGCUUUGGAUGAUGAAAGAGGGAUCCAAAGACUACUAGUGUAUGAAUACAUGCCGAACAAAAGCUUAGAAUUUCAUCUUUUCAAUAAAGCAUAUGAUCCUCUUCCUUGGAAAACAAGACUUGAAAUAAUUCUUGGAGCAGCUCAAGGGUUAUCUUAUCUGCAUGAAGAAUUAGAAAUUCAGGUGAUAUAUCGAGAUUUUAAAGCUUCAAAUGUAUUACUGGAUGAAAACUUUAAGCCAAAGCUUUCUGAUUUCGGACUUGCAAGGGAGGGACCAGUAGCUGGUGAUACUCAUGUUUCAACAGCUGUGAUGGGGACAUAUGGUUAUGCUGCCCCUGAUUACAUUGAGACAGGCCAUCUCACUGCCAAGAGUGAUGUGUGGAGUUUUGGGGUGGUGCUAUAUGAAAUACUUACUGGCAGGCGUUCAAUGGAAAGAAACAGGCCGAAAACGGAGAAGAAACUACUGGAGUGGGUGAAGCAAUAUCCUCCUGAUAGCAAAAGGUUUGACAUGAUAGUGGAUCCGCGACUUCAAGGAGAAUAUUCCAUUAAAGGAGCACGAAAAAUCGCCAAACUUGCAGCACAUUGCCUGCGUAAGAGUGCGAAAGAUCGGCCAUCAAUGAGUCAGGUGGUAGAGAGAUUGAAGCAGAUAAUCCUAGAUUCUGAUGAAGAGCAGCAGCCUGCAGAUGAUAAAAGUAUUGAGGUAUCUGAAAAUGAUCCGGUUGAAGCUGAAGAUAAGACAAAUCAAUCAGGCUCUACAGAGUUAUGGAAAAAGAGGAUGGAACAUCUUGCAAAACUUGGUGAAAGUGUGGAGAGUGCUAGUAGAAGAAGAUUUAUGAUCCUUCAGAGAGCCAAUGUGUCUUCAUAGUUUCAUCCCUAGCAAAAUUUCGUUCGUCCUGGACUCCUGGGUGUAACUAACUGGGAACUAGGUCCAUCCUAGGAGAAAUUGUUAUAUGGGUCUAUGUGGUCUCGGUCAAUCUUUACAUGAUAUGCUUUUAACUCUUUUUCAUAAAUUGAAAAAUGUGAUUAUAUGUCACAUAUAGAUUCAUCGGGACCCCAUAGUUCCGGACCAUGUAACAAUUUCUCUCUUUCUCAGCUAAUGAUGAUGGAUAGACAAAGCAGGCAAAGUUCUAUGUGGUUGAUGUAUAGAAUGGAGAACACUAACAGCACUACAUUGCUAAUGAUCUUUUGAGUGGCCAUAUAUUUUUGUUUGAUAUGAAUGAGAGAUAUAAAUAUAUUAGUGGCCUUUGUAUUGUUAAUAUAGAAACUAGAAAGUGAUUCUAUGGUAUAUAGCUUGUGAAUUUUUUUUUUC